AUGGAUUUAAUACAGGGUGAUAGUUAUGAUAUUUUUGCAAACAAAUUGAUAAUACGUUUGAUUGAUAAUCUACGAGCUAAGCAUCUCCAUGAAGAUAAUGCUCGAGUGAUUUUAAUGAGACGUGGGGAAACUGUUUCGGAAGUUUUCCCGAACUGGAUAGCGAAUGCACCAUAUGACCUUAAUAUGCCAUAUACUUUGCGAAGACGUGAAAGGCACAAUGAUUUUUUGAUCGAUCCACCAUUAACAAAUAUUAGCGCACAUUUCGCAGCUGAACUUGGUUUUGCAAUGACUCAAAAUUUGCCAACAAUGGUUUAUUCAGCACCGGAAAUGGCAGUAAUACAAACUGCUCAACAAUUUAUUGAUGGUGCUGAAAUUGGUAUGAAUUGGUUGAUCGAGCCAGGACUUGUCAGAUACUUCUCAUCCAAUGAGCCUAAACCAAUUUUCACAGUACGAAUUCAACAAGAGACCAUAUAUACGAUGGAAGAAAUUAAUGAUAUUAUUGGAAAAGAAACAGUUGAUGAAUUUGAGAAUAGAAUUGCAAAGGUCAUCUCAAAGCUUAAAUUUCCACGUAAAGCAACUACUGUUUUAAUUGCUGAGGAUUGUGUCAUCAAUGCUAUUAUACAGAAAUUCAUCCGUAACGGUAAAAAGUUAACCACAAAGCAGCAUCUAACAAUAACCAGACGAAUUCCCAGACUUUCUUUGAUGCAUUUCGAUAUUGACAGUGACGGAAGAUGGAAGCCAAGCUCUGCAUCGUUACCUGGUUUACAAGGCGCUACUCAUACUAUGUUUAAUCAACCUGAUAUCAGCUUCCUGAUCAGACCAACACGUGAUUUUUGA